AGAAAUCAAAGCCCAAGGGAAGUAAAGCAAUCUCCCUGAGGUCAGAUCACAUGGCCAGUUAAACAGUCCAGGUUCCAAUCUAGGUCUCUCUGAUUCUAGGGACCGGUGGUCUCCCAGCUACAUCUCACUGGCUACAAAAGGUACAUAAAUGAAAAGACACAGUGCCCUCCCCCAAGCAAGUCACCACCUGGAGGCGCAGUCAACAAUCUGUAAACCUGAUCAUUCCUGCAUUUUGACCAUGGACUUGGACUGAGGACAUUAACAGUGUGGCAGGUUUCAGAGGUUCUGGUCUCGGGGAGGUGUUUUUGCAUGAGGAGGGCUUCCGCUAUCCCUUGGAAGAGCAGUUCAAAACCCAGCUAUGCCUUAGCAAUCCCCUGUUGAACAUACAGACCCCAGGACCUUAUUCCGGUUAGAAUCUCCUGGUGCGGACUUACUACGUCAGACGUUUGGGACUUACCGUGUUAGACACUGUCAAAAAGGCAGUUAGUUGCCUAAGAGACCACGGACUCAGAGGAGGAAAUCCCCAAGGAGACCAGAGCCAGCGGUGGGGAGGAGGAGUCAGGGAAGUGCUUAGAAACAGAGCCCUGUGAUGAAACCUGAGAUUCCGUUGUGAAACACUUGGACUGAGAGGUAAACAGCAAUCAGCCUGAGAGUCUGCUCUGACACCGUCACAGCAGGGUCCACAGUCCCAUGACUGGGGACAUACGUAAGAGGAAGGAGACGCUGACAGUUUUGUGAGGGAGAGUAGGCUAGCUCAGGCCUGGCUAGCUCAGUUGGAAGAAUAGGCUCGGGAAGCUUCCAGUGUCUCUAGUGGGCCCAGCAAGCCGUCCUACUCCAGACUGCUCCCAGCAGCUGAAUUCAGGGGCAGGGAAUACCACUCUGUCCCGUUGCAAUUUGCCAAUGUUCCAGCUGACAGCCACCCCAGCAAGUGCCCUUGCAGAUGAGCCGGUGCAUAUCCGAGUGACUGGCCUGCCCCCGUUGCAGCUGGUGACCCUAACAGCAUCUCUGAAGGAUGAGAAGGGGAAUGUGUUCCGGUCCAAAGCCUUCUACAAGGCAAAUGAGGUUGGUGAGCUGGACCUAAUGGAGGCUCCUGCAUUUGGAGGCGACUACGUGGGGGUCCACCCGAUGGGCCUCUUCUGGUCUCUGAAGUGUCAGAAGGCUUUCAGGAGGCUGUUUAAGCAAGAUGUGAACAGCCCCUUUUUGGUCACUCUGAACCUCUAUGACACAGUUAGUCUCCAAGAUGUCAGCACAGAAGAGCCCAUGGCCAGCCAGGUGGUCCAGCGCUGGUUUUCGGCCCCUGGGGUACAGCGGGUGCAGGUCCGAGAAGGUCGGGUGCGGGGAGCCCUUUUUCUGCCUCCAGGGGAAGGGCCUUUCCCAGGAGUCAUUGAUUUGUUUGGGGGUCGAGGGGGUCUGGUUGAAUUUCGGGCCAGUCUUUUGGCUGCGCACGGCUUUGCUGUGUUGGCAUUAGCGUAUUUUGCCUACGAAGAUCUGCCCGAGUUACUGCAGGAGAUCGACUUGGAAUAUUUUGAGGAAGCUGCUAACUUGCUACUAGCUCAUCCCAAGGUCCAAACGCCAGGAAUUGGAGUGAUCUCCGUGAGCAAAGGUGCAGAGAUCGGGCUGGCCAUGGCCUGCUUCCUGAAGCAGGUGGUAGCCACCGUCUGCAUCAAUGGGACCACUGCCAUCUACGAAUUUCCACUCAGGUACAAAGAUCUGGUGAUAGCACCCAUCCCCAUGUUUAUGGAGCGCUUGCAGUUUGACAUCUCCGGGGCUGUACGCCUCCUCCACUUCAGGGGGGACCCCCGGGAUAAGGUGAAUCAGCGGAGCGUGCUUCCUGUCGAAAAGGCCCAGGGUUCGAUCCUCUUCAUUGUUGGAGAGAACGACGAAUGCUUGAAGAGCAGGGAGUAUGCUGAGCAGGCUCUGCACCAGCUGCAGAACCACGGGAGAAACAAUGGAAGGAUGCUGGUGUACCCGGGGGCGGGCCAUCUCAUCGAGCCACCCUACGCACCCCUGUGUUACGCUUCCCCAAACAUGAAACUUUCUUCGCCCCUGCUCUGGGGAGGGGACCCCACUGCCCAUGCCGCUGCUCAGGAGCACUCCUGGGGAGAGAUCCUGAAAUUCUUCAGGCAACACCUUAUUCAAGCCAGAAGCAAACUCUGAGCCAGGGCUUAGGGUGAUGAUGAAGUGGGGAGACAAAAAAAUAAGACUAAGGCAGGGAUAGGAUGGGAAGAGGAGGUUCUCCAGACUGCUCUAGGUUCACAGUUAUCCUGAAUCAGUUGUUACGAAGUAGGGCAAAAAUCAAAGGCUAAUGGCACAAGAUCAAUAUCUGACAAAUUUGUAUGGAAUUUGAACUUUUUGUAAACUGAAUCUUAGUUUCUAUGCACCAGGGUACAUUGCUGUCUCAAAACUGUAAUGCCCUAGCAAAUUGAAUCAUCUUUUGUUUCCCAGGUAGGGAUACCUUGGACCCAGGGAUUGCCCAUCUAGAUUAAUUUCCUAGAACUUCCAAGUUACUUGUGGAAAAACAAGUCACUUCUGUUUAAAAUUGAGUUUCUGACAUUUGAUAUGAAAAGUUCUAAUGUCACCAUCACAUGUAAUGCUCGUUACUGAUUUCCAAUACUUUUUUUUCUCAGAAUAGUGAUGUUUCUUUUUAUCCAUAAAAUAUAUUCCUUUUUCCAAUUUUAAUCAGGAACGGGAUUGAAUUUAAUCACAUGCUUUUAUAGCAUUUAUUGAAAUUAGUUAUUGAAGUUAGUUAAUAUAUUUAAAGCAAUUAGAAUAGCCCAGGUAUGUAACAAUUAGUGUAUCAGAAUUGGCUAUAAUUAUUUUCAUAAUGCUUUCUUCCUUCAAUCUGUUAAUGUGGUGAAUUACAUUCAUUAAUGGACUCAUGUUGCUUUUGUGUCUGAUUUUACUAGAUGAUUUUUCUCAUAUUGACUAAUAUGGGUUUUAAAAUUUCUUUUGGGGGCGCCUGGAUGGCUCAGUGGGUUAAAGUCU